UCACUGGGCGCUGCAUUAAUAAAUGGAAAAUGAUGCUGCGAGAACCUUAUGUUGCUUCGAGUAGCGGACCUCUGCUAUCCAGAUUAAAGCCCGUCAUCGACUUUUCGAUCAAGGAUGGCUUCUAAUGACACAUCGGCCCUGGAUUCGGAGCUCGGCGACCUGCUGCAGGAGUUCCACGACGUGAUGGAGGAGCUGCGGACGCCGGAGCACAGCCGGCCGGAGCAGUACCAGGAGUACCUGCGCCAGCCCAAGCGGAGCAGCGCGGUGUGCGACAGCGGCAUCGAGGACUCGGACUGCAGUCGGGAGCUGACCCCCAACAGCAGCCUGAACACUAGUGAAGAGGACCUCAACACGGCUGGCACCAGCGCGGUGCCGAAAGCAAAACUUGGAGACCUGACAGAGCUGGAAAACUUCAUAGAGAACCUAGACAGAGAACUAGCGGAGAUGUGAACCUGCAAACCCAGCCUGAGGUGAAAGGAGGUUUCUCGAUGCCACCCGGACACAGCGAUGAACCCUGUGCCCCGUCUUCCAUAUCAGCGUCACACAGAGUGAUGUUCCAUGCACUCCAUGGCCUUUGACUGAACAUGAUUUAGUUUACCAUUCACUGUGUGCAGGGCAAUCUUAAUUAAUAACGAAUUUCUCAGGAAAUGUUACAUUUCUUUAAAGUAUCAAGUGCUUAGUAAGGUGUGAUGCAGCAAAUUAUACCACUGUCUGUUUGAGCCUCAGCAAAAUAUCAUUUUUUAUUUUUUAGUUCGGGAGCAAAUCUUCAAGCCUCGAGUUUUCUCAUUUGCUAUCAUGAUGCUCCUGAUCUUGGGCUUUCCAAGUAGUAAGCUCUCAUUCACUUGGAUUCUUAAAAAGGGAUGUUGUGUGGGGAAAAGGAACACACUAAGAUCACUUUACCAUGACUGAUGGAAACAUUUGGCAAAAGUUCCCUCUUAACCCAGCAUGUAAUAUUUACGUUUUAAGAAAAUCCCACUUCUUCACUGACGAUAUAAUUUUGCCCUUGAAAUACAGGAUUGAAAUUCACCUAUCCUGCAAGAAUGUAAAGAUUUUAAUAGGUGUACAGUUCUUGUAAAAAUGUUUUUUAUAAUGUAGAUAUGUUAUAUAUUGUAUAUAUGACUGUACAUUAAAGAAUAAGCAAAUAACUGAAAUCUACAGUACCUAUGAAGGAAUUCUUUAAGUAACUGAAUGUGGGAAAGCGAUGACUGCUUUGUGUUCUUAACCUUCCAAGAUCUAGGAUUUGAAAUCAAGCACAUGCACCUACAGUAUAAAACAAUGUAGUUUUUCAAAAUAAACAUCUGUUUGUACUGUUA